AUGCCUACCAAUCGAUCUCGGAUCAUGUCGUCGGUUUCAUUGGAGGAAAAACGCACCAGAAAUUUGAGUCUUGUCUCUGCCAAUCGUCAUUCUGCAAGCCCGCUUCCUGGAUUCUCCGCUUAUUUGGGCUCGAUCACUCGACAUUCCACCGGCCAGAAGACGUUUCAUCCGUUCGGGCUCAAUGAGCCACUCUCUCCACAAAAUUGCUUCGGUGUGUUCUCUUCAAUGUACUGCGAGACGCCUUCGGAAUACUCAUUCCGGCCGAUGUUCGAGAUCUCCGACACCCCGCCUAUUGUCUCGCCGGAGCCUGACGAUGACAUUUUGAAUUUUACCGAAUUUCGCAAAAAGGAAUCGUCAUCGUCGGGAUACGGUAGCGGUGGAAGUGACGAUCAGAUCUCGAUUUCGGAGCACAGCGAUGAUUCGCGAAUCCGGAGUCGCUUCAGAUAUCGCAAACACCAGCAUGAGGAAGCCAGCCGCCGCAAAUCGAUGCCGCCGCAAGUGAGAGCUUUCGAAAACGAUGUGACUCGAGUACUGUGCAACGAAGGCCACGCCCAAUUGGAAACUGAUGUGGACACCGGCGAAGCAAUUCGUUGCUCGAUUCGCGGAAUGAGUCGUCCGGAAUCCGUUCUGCAGCUCGCUCGCAAAUUCGGCGAAAUCUCGGCCGCUCAGCAAAACGAUCUACACAAAUCUCGUCAAUCGUUGCUCCAGCUUCCGUUGAUCAUCGGCAAAGAAAAUGCAAAGAAGCCGGCGACGACGUGCGCGAUGUCGCGAAGCGGUCCGCCAACGCCAAUUCGACACGGCGCCUCGUCGCUCACAACGUCGGCGAUCGGCGGAAUCGCCAGCCUAAAAUCUGAGCCCAAAAUGUCACGUCCGAACAUGUUCAAGCAAAUGGAGAAAGUCGGAAACGGAACGGCAGUUGGAGGUCCGCCGAGAGUAUUGAAUCCGAAUUCGAUUAAAGAUGCACUAUUGCGCUGGAUUCAGAAUAGAGUUCAAGGAUAUCCAAAUGUCAACGUGACAAACUUCUCAUCUUCGUGGGCAGAUGGCAUGGCAUUCUGCGCCCUAAUCCACAGAUUCGCCCCAGAUGCUUUCGAUUUCAACUCACUUGAUCCGAAAAAUCGUCGCUACAAUCUGGAUUUGGCUUUCAAAGUAGCUGAAGAAAACGGAAUUUUUCCACUUCUUGAAGUCGAUGAUAUGAUCAUGAUGGGCGACAGGCCAGACUGGAAAUGCGUAUUCACAUAUGUUCAAUCGUUCUACAAACAAUUCCGAGACCGACCCUAA